AGUGUAGCGCCCACCGCCCAGCGCGUCGCCAGCACUGAGCAGCGCGGCAGUGAGCGAGCGGCGCGCGAAGCACACGCUAGCUAGCGAGGCGAGCGCAGUGCACAGCCGCACGACCACGCUUACGUUCGCCGAGUUGGGAAAUAUUCGCUCUAACUCAUACAAGUAUCCUCCUUAACCGACUUGUUUUAAAUUAAGCUACUUUAGUCACUAUUUAGCCACUUCAAUUUAAUCGAGAGUGUUUAUUGUCGGUAUGUGUGCAGUGACCUCGGAGUGGACACUGGAAUUGUUUGAUUGUUUGUGCGCUGCGCUCGAUGUUGGAUUGUUAGGUCGCGAGUGCGGGGAUGAAGGGAGCCAGCGGCCGGAGUUCCUGAGGGGGAAUUGAGGGUCGGGGGGAGGGCGGUACAAUGGACGACCCGGAGCGCAUCGCGCGCGACCAGCUGGCCUGCGAGCUGGCCAACAACCAGACCGAGCCGCCGCCGGGCGUGUACUGCGCGGGCACGUUCGACACGUGGCAGUGCUGGCCGCACACGCGCGCCAACACCACCGCCUUCGCGCCCUGCCCCGACUUCGUGCCCGGCUUCACGCCCACCCUGAUGGCGCACAAACUGUGCACGGAGAACGGCACCUGGUGGCAGCACCCCGCGUCCGGCAAACCCUGGUCCAACUACACCACCUGCGUGCGGCCGGAGGAUGACGUGAGCGAGAUCAUCGCCGUGUACGAGGCGGGCUACAGCGUGUCGCUGGUGGCGCUGCUGCUGUCGCUGGCCAUCCUCUUCUACUUCAAGAGCCUGCGCUGCGCGCGCAUCACGGUGCACAUGAACCUGUUCGCGUCGUUCGCGCUGAACAACGCGCUAUGGCUGGCGUGGUACGCGCUGGUGGUGCGCGCGCCCGCCACGCUGGCCGCGUCGCCCGCGUGGUGCCGCGCGCUGCACGCCGCGCUGCAGUACGCGCUGCUCACCAACUACACGUGGAUGCUGUGCGAGGGCCUGUACCUGCACACCGUGCUGGUCAGCGCCUUCGUGUCGGAGCGGCGCCUGCUGCGCGCGCUGCUGGCGGCCGGCUGGCUGCUGCCACUGCCUAGCGCCGUGGUGAGCGCGGCGCGGCGCGCGGCGGCCGGCGAGCCGCUGUGCUGGGCGGACGACGGUGCGCCGCGGCUGGAGCUGGCGCUGCUGGUGUGCGCGGCCGUGCUGCUCAACCUGGCCUUCCUGUGCAACAUCGUGCGCGUGCUGUGCACCAAGCUGCGCGCGGGCGGCGGCGCGGGCCCGGCGCGCCCGUCGGCCACGGCGCUGCACGCGCUGCGCGCCACGUGCCUGCUGGCGCCGCUGCUGGGCCUGCAGUACCUGCUGACGCCGUGUCGGCCGGCGCGCGCGGCGCGCUACUGGCUGUUGUACGAGUACGCCACGGCGCUCACCACGUCGCUGCAGGGGCUGUGCGUGGCCGUGCUGUACUGCUUCUGCAACGGCGAGGUGCUGGCGCAGCUGCGGCGGCGCUGGCGCGUGCUCACCUUCCGCCCGCGCGCCAACUCCACCACCAACACCACCGUCUCGUUCGUGCGGUCGGGCGCGGCGGGCGCGGGCGAGGAGAAGGUGUGACUGGCGGCGCGCGGCGCGGGGGCGGGCGGGGG